AUGUUCGUGCUUACAGAAAUUACAGAUUUGGUUCGCAUUCCACCACAUACAUUCAAUAUACCGAUCCAGCAUUCGAUAACUGACGAGUUAAACAAAAAGUUAGCCAACAAAGUCAUUGCCAAUUUGGGUCUAGUGAUAACCAUAUGGGAUCUCCUUGAUAUCAAAGAUGGAUUACUAAAGCCAGGUGAUGGUGGAUCAUAUGUUGAAGUUCAAUUCAGAUGUGUUGUAUGGAAGCCAUUCGUAGGGGAAGUGUUGACUGGAUGGGUUAGUGAAUGUACUCCUCAGGGAAUUAAAAUUAGAUUGGAAUUCUUUGAUGAAAUAUUUAUACCACGAGCAUACCUUUUCGAAGGUUGUGAAUUCAAACCAGUGGAAAAGGCAUGGGUUUGGAAGCCUGAUGAAGAAACUGAAUUAUUUAUUGAUAUAAAUGAAAAAAUUAGAUUCAGAGUGGAACAAGAGAUUUUUGUAAAUAUCAAACCAAAAUCUUCCAACGAGGCAGUUGGAUUAGAAGAACCUACAAACAAAGCACCACCUUAUGCUAUAAUGGCAUCAUGUCAAACUGAAGGUAUGGGAUGUGUCUCUUGGUGGGAUUAA